UUGAGACCCUCCUAGAUGGCCCCGCUGUCCCUGGUGAGCGCUGUCCCAACUGCCCUGCUGGCCCUGCUGGUCUUCAGGGCAUCCACCUGGGCCUGUCUGCUCUGCUUCACAUCCUAUGCUGAGCGCUUCCGCCUCUGCAAGAUGUGGGCCCGGGGCCCCCGGGUGGAGCAGUGCCAGGAGGCCUUCACRGCUGCCUUCAAGGGCCUCUCCAACGUGGAGAUCAACUACUGGGAGAGAAGCCACCUGCAGGACGCCUUCACCCAGAUGGCCCAUUCCCUCCAGGAGGCGGCGGCCGCCCAGGGUGAGUGUCUUGUGGACGCCUUUCGUGCUGCUGCAGAAGAAAUGAAGAAGGCCAUUCUACAGCUUAAAGAAGUUCAGCCCUGCGUCCCUCCCUGCGGGGUCCAGGAGGUCGCCCGGCGUUUCUUUUGCAACAAGUGCUUCUCCAGUCUCUGCAAACUUCCGCUGGACUGUCCAGUUCAGGACGUGACGGUGAAUCGGGGGGAGCAGGCUAUGUUCUCUUGUGUCGUGGGCUUCCAGCUGCCGCCCGAGGAGGUCACCUAUACCUGGAAGUUCGCUGCGGGAGGUAUGCGCACUCGGGACGUGUCCUACUUCCGAGAAGUGCCCCAGGCCCGAGGGUACCUGGCGCGGAUCMGGCCAGUGCAGCCCAAGCACCGCGGCACCUUCUCCUGCGUGAUCAAGCAUGACCAGCGCCCCCUGGCGCGCCUCUACUUCUUCCUGAACGUGACGGGCCCGCCCCCGCGCGGCGAGACGGAGCUCCAAGUAGCGUUUCGGGAAGUGGUGAGCUGGGCGCCGCGGGACGCGGAAAUGAUCGAGCCCUGGCGGCCCAGCCUGGGCGAGCUGCUGGCCAGGCCCGAGGCUCUGACGCUGGGCAAUCUCUGCAUGCUCGCAGCUGUAGCYGCCCUGGCAUCUGCGAUGGCGACCRUGCUGGUGUGGUGAGUCCCAGCGUCCAGCUGCCCCUCCUGCAGACCCAGGGARCCAGGCUCAGACCCAGCACUCUAGACUCCAGGCCUCCUCCCUCAGACCUAAGAGGUCCAGGUCCCACCAAGCCCCCUCCCCCGGCCAAGAGACCAGGUCCCCGUCCCUCCCUCAGACGCAGGACUCUAGAUUCCAGUGCCUCCUGCCUCAGACCCAGGGGUCCAGACCCCAGCCCUCCUCCCCAGACCUGGGAGUCAGGCCCUGCUCACCUUUUGAGAUCCAGAAAUCAAGGCUUCAGAACCUAUAUUUCUCUUACGAAUCCCUCCUCCAAUACAUGUAUCUCCUUGUGUCCCCAGGAUGUUCUUUCGAUGGUACCUCAGUGGCAACU